AUGAAAGCCAACAGUUCUUCCUUGAUCAAGCUUCUGGUACUCCUGUGCCUAUUAGUACCUGUUUCACAGGAUUUCGACUUCUUCUACUUUGUUCAACAGUGGCCAGGAUCAUACUGUGACACGAUGACAAGUUGCUGCUACCCAACAACUGGAAAACCUGCGGCUGAUUUCGGCAUUCAUGGACUUUGGCCCAAUUACAAUGACGGGACAUACCCGAAAAACUGUGAUGCUAGUAACCCCUACGAUCCAAAAAAGGUUGCAGACCUUAGAAGCGGUCUGCAAAAGAAUUGGCCACCGCUAGCUUGCCCAAGCGGCACUGGAGUAGUCUUCUGGACACAUGAAUGGGAAAAGCAUGGGACGUGCUCCGAGUCUACUCUUGACCAACAUGGAUACUUCCAAGCAGCUCUCGAUUUGAAAAAGCAAGUUAACCUCCUUCAGGCACUAACAAAUGCAGGAAUAAACCCAGAUGGGGGAUCUUACAGCUUUAGCAGUAUCAAGAGUGCUAUACAAGAGGCAGUAGGAUGUACUCCAUGGAUAGAGUGCAAUACUGAUACAUCAAGGAACAGUCAACUUUACCAAAUUUACCUGUGUGUGGAUACUAGUGGGAAAAAUCUCAUUGACUGUCCAGUGUUUCCCAGAGGAAAAUGUGAUUCAGAAAUUGAGUUCCCUUCUUUUUAGAUCCUUAACUGAGACUAAAUUUAUGUAUUUCCUGUCGUGUCUUGUUUUCUGAUAAUCAGUUGAUUAUAGUCUUACCAGUGUAUUUGUUUUCCCAUCAAGUUAAUUCCAAU